AUGUCUGCGCCCGCCAACAAACGACAGAAAGUCGCUGUCUCCGCACCUCCGCACAAAGGAAACCUCAAGAGCGUCGAAGCGAAAGAAGUAGAUGAUGACGAUGAAGACGAUGACGACGAGUUGUCUGACCUACAAUCUGGAGACGAGGAUCUACCAGGCGCCGAAGAUGAUGACGAAGAGCUUGAUAGUGAUCUCGAAGGCGAGGAUGGCGAUGUGACUCUUGACUUGACCAAGUUGACGCGCCGCCAGCGUGCCGUCUACGAUGAAGAGCAAGACGCAAGUCUAAUGGCUCUGUCCAACGAAGCACAGAAGAAGAAGCACCUUACUGCCGAGGAACACGCCAUGCGCAGGGCCGAGAUGGCAAGACGAAGGAAGAAUCUAUCUGAGANNAGCGUAACGAAGAGGAAAAGGUUCAUACUCAUCCCCUGCUGCCCAAGUUCCUUGACUAACGUAACCUUCCAGAUGGACACAAUCAACAAGCUGCUCAAGAAACCUGCCCCCAAGCGUCGAACUCGCGCUGAAAUCAUUGCGGCUCAAAAUGCCGCAGAGGCAACGCCAUCGUAUACUGAGGACGGUGAGGAGUACUACCACCCUGCAAGCUCUCUCUUUGUUCGCUACGUCAACAACAAAGACGGGAGCCGGGUCGGUGUGCCGUCAGAAUGGCUGGAAGAAGGUCAACCUGCCGGACAAGUCUUGGGGAAUGGAUGGAAAGCACCUUCUAAGAUGGUCGAGGAGGUGUCUUGA